AUGGCUGACAACGACGAUCUUCUCGACUACGAAGACGAAGAACAGGCGGACCAACAGGCUGCUGACGGGGCGACUGAAGCGGCGCCAAAGAAAGAGGUUAAAGGAUCUUAUGUAUCUAUACACAGUUCCGGCUUUAGGGAUUUCUUGUUGAAGCCAGAAAUAUUGCGAGCAAUCGUUGACUGUGGUUUCGAGCAUCCGUCAGAAGUCCAACAUGAAUGCAUUCCGCAAGCCGUCCUCGGUAUGGAUAUCUUAUGUCAAGCGAAAUCCGGAAUGGGUAAAACAGCGGUGUUCGUUUUGGCGACUCUACAACAACUGGAGCCAUCUGAAAACCACGUCUAUGUCCUCGUCAUGUGCCACACUAGAGAAUUGGCGUUCCAAAUCAGCAAAGAGUACGAACGUUUCUCAAAAUACAUGGCUGGCGUCAAGGUAUCUGUAUUUUUCGGUGGAAUGCCCAUACAGAAAGAUGAAGAAACAUUGAAGACUGCUUGUCCUCACAUCGUUGUUGGUACCCCUGGCAGAAUUUUAGCACUAGUGAACAAUAAGAAGCUUAAUCUUAAACACUUGAAGCACUUUAUUCUAGAUGAAUGUGAUAAGAUGCUUGAGUCACUAGAUAUGAGACGCGAUGUACAGGAGAUAUUCAGGAAUACUCCUCAUGGUAAACAAGUGAUGAUGUUCUCAGCCACUCUUAGUAAGGAUAUCAGACCAGUAUGCAAGAAGUUUAUGCAGGAUCCCAUGGAAGUGUAUGUGGACGACGAAGCCAAGCUAACCCUGCAUGGACUGCAGCAACACUAUGUCAAGCUCAAGGAAAAUGAGAAGAAUAAGAAGUUGUUUGAACUGCUUGAUGUAUUGGAGUUCAAUCAAGUUGUAAUAUUUGUGAAGACUGUCCAGCGCUGUAUAGCUCUAGCACAAUUACUCACAGACCAGAACUUCCCUGCUAUUGGAAUUCACCGGAACAUGACUCAGGAUGAGCGUCUCUCUCGCUACCAGCAAUUUAAGGAGUUCCAAAAGAGGAUUUUAGUUGCAACCAAUCUUUUUGGCAGAGGAAUGGACAUUGAACGAGUCAACAUUGUCUUUAAUUAUGACAUGCCUGAGGAUUCAGACACCUACCUGCACCGUGUGGCACGAGCUGGCCGUUUUGGUACCAAAGGUUUAGCUAUAACCAUGGUUUCGGAUGAGGGUGAUGCAAAGAUUCUGAAUGAAGUUCAAGAUCGUUUUGAUGUCAACAUUACAGAGUUGCCGGAAGAAAUUGAGCUGUCUACUUAUAUUGAAGGCCGAUAG